AGCAUCUGGUGUGGACUGCUUAUUGCACAACACAAACAACAAUGCAUCUUACAGCUGAUGACAAGAAACACAUCAAGGCCAUUUGGCCUUCUGUAGCUGCUCAUGGUGACAAAUAUGGCGGAGAAGCUUUGCACAGGAUGUUCAUGUGUGCUCCCAAGACCAAAACCUACUUUCCUGAUUUUGACUUCAGCGAACAUUCAAAACACAUCUUGGCUCAUGGCAAGAAAGUUUCGGAUGCUCUGAAUGAGGCUUGCAACCAUCUGGACAACAUUGCCGGAUGCCUGUCCAAGCUGAGUGACCUCCAUGCCUAUGACCUGAGAGUGGAUCCAGGCAACUUCCCAUUGCUGGCCCAUCAAAUUCUGGUGGUUGUUGCUAUCCAUUUCCCUAAGCAGUUUGACCCUGCAACCCAUAAGGCCCUGGACAAGUUCCUGGUUUCCGUAUCUAAUGUUCUGACAUCCAAAUAUCGUUAAGGCUCAGCAGUAACAGUAGCAGAAGUUUGGACAUCAGACAUCAGUUAAUGACAAACAAUCAAACUGACACAGCUUGUGAAAGAAUGUUCUGAAAUAAACAUUUUUAAAAUU